UUUGACGAACUGACUUGUAGAAACCUGGCGACUUUAAUGGCGUAGGUUUUAACUAGGAUGUGAAGGAAGAAUUUUCAGACCUCGGUGCAAAUUAUAAUGGUGCGCAGUUGCGCUGGGCAAAAUUCAAAAACGGCAAAUAAGUGGAGAGUUGAUCAACGUCAUCAAGCGAAUCUAACUGUCAACUUACAUUCAAAAUCCAUUAGAAAUUUAAUAAACAACGAAUGGCAAUCGAGGCAAAGCGGUCAGCCAUCCAAAGAGCUUAAAUACAAAUAUAUGCCGUGUAACAAAGAUUCCAAAAACGUUCAUAAAUCAAAUCAGUUCAAAAAUCAUUGUAAAGCCGGAAACGAAACAGCUAGAGUUGGCAAAAGUGGAACACGAAAAGAAGGAGAAAGUAGGUAA